UACAACAUGGCGGCCGGAUCCUAACGCUUCCUGUCCGGGGUUAGGGACCCUGCCUUAGAGGAGUGGAAGUCAGGGUCAGGGGGUCGUCCUUUCUGCCCCUUUCUUCUCGGUCCAGUUUCGGCGAGGGCUUGUCGUCGGCUUCCGCCUCCAGGAUGAAGAACUAUAAAGCCAUUGGCAAAAUAGGAGAGGGAACGUUUUCUGAAGUUAUGAAGAUGCAGAGCCUGAGAGACGGAAGCUACUAUGCAUGCAAACAGAUGAAGCAGCACUUUGAAAGUAUCGAGCAAGUGAACAAUCUGCGGGAGAUACAAGCCCUGAGGCGCCUGAAUCCACACCCAAACAUUCUUACGUUGCAUGAAGUGGUUUUUGACAGAAAAUCUGGUUCUCUUGCACUAAUAUGUGAACUUAUGGACAUGAAUAUUUAUGAGCUAAUACAAGGGAGAAGACACCCAUUAUCAGAAAAAAAAAUUAUGCACUAUAUGUACCAGUUAUGUAAAUCCCUUGAUCAUAUGCACAGAAAUGGAAUAUUUCACAGAGAUGUAAAGCCAGAAAAUAUAUUAAUAAAGCAGGAUGUCCUGAAACUAGGGGACUUUGGAUCCUGCCGGAGCGUCUAUUCCAAGCAGCCAUACACAGAGUAUAUUUCCACCCGCUGGUACCGUGCCCCAGAGUGUCUCCUCACUGACGGGUUCUACACCUACAAAAUGGACCUGUGGAGCGCUGGCUGUGUGUUCUACGAGAUCACCAGUUUGCAGCCCCUCUUCCCCGGAGCCAAUGAGCUGGACCAGAUCUCAAAAAUCCACGAUGUCAUUGGCACACCUGCCGAGAAGACCCUCACCAAGUUCAAACAGUCGAGAGCUAUGAGUUUUGAUUUUCCUUUUAAAAAGGGAUCAGGAAUACCUCUACUGACAGCCAGCUGGUCCUCGCAAUGCCUCUCCCUCCUGCACGCCAUGGUGGCCUAUGAUCCUGAUGAGAGAAUCACCGCCCACCAGGCCCUGCAGCAUCCCUACUUCCACGAGCAGAGGGCAGCGGAGAAGCAGGCUGUGGCCAGCCACAGAAAAGCUUUCUUUCCAGAGUGCCCCGUGGCACCGGAACUACUCAGGAACGGCUGGCAAAUUUCAAAGGACAGAAAGCAGAAACAGUCCCUAAGGCCAGGAGAGGACCAUCCCAAGAGACCCGGACCGGCCUGCCCCACGGAACUGCCCAGACUGACGCUGUCAGGAGUGACCAAGCUGUCCUCGUACUCCAGCCCCGCGCUGCCCUCCGCGUGGGGCCCCGGGGCCCACAGGAAAGCCCCGGUGCUGAGGCCCCUGAAGUGUGUCGGCGCCAACCAGAAGACAGACGCCCAGAAGGACAUUAAGCCCAAACAGUACCACCUGCCCACGAUAGAGAGGAAAGGCGGAGGCUACUGAGCAGCGCGGGCUCACCUGCGCCGAGCACGACCAGGUGCAGCUGGGCCGGGCCGUGACGCCGCCCGCCUCGGACGGAGGGCUCCGGGGACAGGCCUGGCGCCGUCCCCCGAGGCCGCUGCCCCACAGGCCAGCCGGUACCCACUCAGCCCGGAGCCCCCAGCCUGUGGCUCUUUGCACCCCGAGGGCAGCUGUACUGCACGUUCCAGUCGAAUACAUUCGUAAAACCACCUCAUUCUGGGGUUUUUGAAUUUCAUUUUUGUAACCUAAGAUUUUGGGACAGAGAAUAUUUUGUAAUUUUUUAAUCCAAAUCCAAACAGAAAUCAGAGUUGACAUGAUGUGUGAUUUAGGCUUGGUUUCACCACGCGCUCUGCGUGUCGAGCCUUUAGUCCAGCACCGGUAGUGCCGUGGCACGUGGCACGUUACAGCUUACAGAUUACGCUCUUGGAGGUUUAUUAAAGAAUAAGCUGUCGUUAACAAUAGUUUAAUGUUUUCUGAGUUAAACACGUGUCUUGACAUCCAUUUCUUUAUUUUAGGUUGUGUGAGCAUAUUUGGGGAAUUUAUUUUGUUGGGAAGGCUUUGGUACAGCUUAAUUUUGUGGCACAUGGAAAGCCAGUAAGGACCCAGCACAGGCUCGGCCCGGGUGCCCCCGGGAGCUGCGGCCGGACGAGGCUGCCAAGCGCGAGGCGAGUCGGAGCGCCGGGCUUCGCCGAGGCCACGUCGCUUAGCUCUGGAGGCCCAGCCUUGCCUGUGAGUAGAGAUGCUGCUUCCGAUGGUGCUUUGCUUGGCUUCCGGGGUGCCGGCAGCAGGUUGGACACAGAAGGGAACCUGCUUCUCCGUGGGGGUGGGGGGUGGGGUGCCGCAGAGGAGCAGUGGUGCUGGGCUGCCUGUGGGCGGGGGCACGACCCUCCUGAGCCCUUUUGUCUUGGGAUGUAACAUGAUGACGCCUUCUUUUUCUCGUCUUCAUAAACUUACAACGGUUAGAAAAAGCAAAUUUCCCGGGUUAGUCUUCGGCGUCUUGUUCCCUCUUUUAAGACAAAUCUAGGACAGUCUUCCGGUGGCCAGAACCUCUACCCACUUGCCACCUGGGAGCAGAUUCAAGACCAGACACCAGGCUAUGGGGAUGUUCAGAGCUGGGUGCACACUUGUGGAAGGGAUGGAAAGAGCUUCCUCUGAACCGGUUUAACACGCUGGCGGGGCCUUCAGGAUGCCCCGAUGGGGAAGGGGCAUGGGGGACAGGCAGUGUGCCAUUCAGCCUCUGCAGGGGAUCUGGGAGUUCCAGGUCCCAUGGGAGGAGGCCAGAGCCAGGUGGGGCUGCGGCCCUGCAGCAGGAAGGCCGGGGAGACAGGAGCGGGUGCCUGGGAUAGAAGGGAGCCCUGUACGGCCAGUGAGCCCCCACUCUGAGCCCAGGCGGAGAGGCUGCUAGGGAACCAGGCCUCUGAGCCGCAGCAGCUCGGGGGGAGCGAGCACCUGUCCUCCAGGAUUGGCUCUAAGGACCCAUUUAAGGACUGACAAGAAAUUGUGUAUUUAGGAAAACUGUUCCCCCCUUCAUAUGCAUAAAAUUUGAGCGGAAAAUCUUUAAAGUUCUCCUGCAUACCUCUGUGAGAAAGCGAACUUACCCUUCCCCCACGGGACCUCUGGGGGCAGGCCAAGCCCUUUGAGGUGUGACCUGUGCAGCAAAUGAAACUCUUUUGGCUUCAUGUUGGUCUCUGGGAUCCAAGGGCUGUGACACAGCCAGCCCAGGGCCCAGCCACACGAGGCUCGGCUGCUCCAGCCCCACGCACCCAUUUCCGUGGAGCAGCAGGGUGAUCCUCCGGCCACGCUCACGCUUCCUGCACCCACCGGCUCUCAGCAUGGGAGCCAGUCCCGGGCAGCUGGAAUGGCUCUGGCUUGCUCUCUGCCUGGCGUCUAGGCCUGCGACGGGGACGGGAGGCCGCCUCAGCCUGCCGCCAGAGCCUGGGGGAGUCUCUGCUCACUCCUGGCUGGAAGGGUGGUGAAGGGGACGUGAAGGCAACGUGAAGAGGACGUGAAGGCCAGCUGAGCCUUUGCAAGCAACGCCAUUCCUGAGCACUUUUUGUCGCCAAAAAGCUCCAGAAGGGAAGCAGAGCCGAAGCCAUGCUCCUCCAUCCCCCUGUCAAGUUGGCUCAUUGUACAGUGUUUCCCCAGCACCUGCCUGGUGCCCCAACCUCUGCUCUUCACCCACCAGGUCUUCUUGGUCUCAGCUUGAGAGGGCACGAGGCAGGGAGGCACGAGCACAUGCAGCCUGGCUGCCCCCAGUGUGGAGGUUUGGCCUGGUGCGCUGGUCCAAGGGUUCCAGGUCUGACAGCACCUUAGCCCUGCAAAGUUGUGGAGCAGAAAAAGCAGAGGCAAUGCCACCCAAGAGACCUGGCUCUGCUGCCCCCGCCCCUCCACUCCCCCCAGGUGCUGAGGACGCUCCUGGGCCUGCUGUUUCCUCUGGCCAGGCCACGUGGCCAGCCAGCAGCCUCGCUGACUCCACUCCCUGAAACAUCUGUCUCCUCUUAGCUUCCCUUAGACCCAUCCCCACACGUGGAGCAUGCAUGCACCAGCUCCAAAGGUGUAAGAAAGCUCAGGGCAAGAAUAAAAGCAAACACAAGUCAUACCAGGUGAGCUGAGCGUACUUCCACCUCUUUCCCUGGCUCCCGAGGGUCGUGACCGGCCUCGAGGCUGGCCUGGGUGCCGUCCGCCCAGGGCCUGCUGAAUGCUGCGUGUCUGUGGUGGCGGGGGUGGCGGCAGUUACACGGCACUCUGAUUUUGGAAGCCAGCUUGGACGACUUGGCCAGGAACCAGUCUUAGGUACAAGAGCCAUGGACGUGUUCCUAUACAGAUGCAUCUACAGCAAAUCUACACCAAAACGUCUGGCAGCUUCAGCGGAGACGGUCAGCGACGGUCUGUGCUCCAGAGCCUGCGGGAGGGGACAAGCAGGGGACCGAGCCUGGAUGUGAAUCUCAGGGCCAGUGGAAGCAGGGAGCAUGGGCCAGGUCAUCUGACCAAACCGAGGCUGAAUUUGACACGUGACACGUUGCCCUCGUGCUGACCAGAUUUCUACCUGUCACUUCACAGGAGACAGCACCACAGGAUCACAAGAUGCACUCUGGGCUUCAUUUUCAAAGGCGGCCUUUGCUGGCCCGCAGCAGUACGUGGGCCUCCUCGCGUGUCCCUGGGCCUGCGUGGGUGGGGUCUUGUGUGAUUGCAGCACCCAGGAGCCAGCGUUGGGAGCAGGAUGACAUUUAGAAUGUGCAGUUUUAACACGCAGGUCAUUUUGAAGGUUUAUGAUCUAUCAGUUCUGACUCUUUCACUGAAACGACAGGGUGUCUUACUACUUCCUGGUGUCCCCGGGACCCAGAGGCUCUGCAGGCAGCGGGAGCUCCCAGUGGCUCGGCCCUGGGCUGCACUGGCCUCUCUCUGAGCAGCAACUGGGACCUGGGCUAAGCUGGCCGUCCCCGGCUGCACGCACGGAGACCACGAACACGGUGUAGUUCUCGGACGGCGUGCACUCCGUUUCUAUCUCAGUCGUGUGGACAUGCCCCAGAUUUUAGAGAAAUGUCUUUCCAACACUUUGUGGUUUACGGUCACACCAAAUAAAAAUGUCUUCAAAGGGCGCAGUUGUGUACCACUCUGUAAAGCUGAGAACGUUCUGCUUGGAGCCAUGCGGCAUCGGGUUCCCGCUGUCGUGGAGUCUGCGAGUGGGUGGCUACGGGUGUGACCUCCGAUCGGACUUGUCCCCGGGCUGGUCUCAAGCAAACACCCAGUCCCAGAAGACACCGAUCCCAGAUGCUCCCAUGGGCCGGGCAGUCCUGCAGCCAACACGGCAUUCCAUCCGCAUCAGAGGCACAUGUGGUCACGGGCUCUCAGCGACAAUGGACGCGCUCAGGCACUUAGAGCCGGAAGGAGAGAACGGUUCGCUGGCCUGUCCGCACAGGCGCAGCUGCCCACGGUGGCCACAGGCGGUAAGGCGGAAGGGCCCGAAGAGCCACAGAACCCUCCAGAAGAG